AUGCAUCGUGGAAGCCUAAUCUGUUCUGUGUUACAGGAGCCGAUCAAUGGUGUGGUGCAGCCACGUGUGAUUCCGCCGCCGGGUAAACCAACGCGGCAUACCAAUCAGCUGGAUUUCAUACUCAAAGAAGUGCUGAAGCCGGCGAUGCGUCACAAGCAUGCUUGGCCAUUCACGAAACCGGUCGAUGCUGUACGACUUGAUUUACCGGACUAUCAUAAAGUAAUCAAGCGUCCAAUGGAUAUGAAUACCAUCGAGAAACGUCUACGAAACUGCUACUAUUACUCGGCAACGGACUGCAUGGAGGUAAGCUUUUUUUAG